AUGGCCGCUGUAAACAUCACUCGGGUCACUGAGUUCAUUCUUAUAGGUGUUUCAGAUCAUCCUGAACUGCAGCUCCCUCUUUUCUUCGUCUUCCUGGUCAUCUAUGGGCUGACCGCAGCGGGAAACCUGGGCAUCAUCACGCUCACCAGUGUGGACUCUCAGCUCCAAACCCCCAUGUACUUCUUCCUGCGACACCUGGCCAUCAUCAACCUUGGGGACUCUACUGUCAUUGCCCCUAAAAUGCUGAUCAACUUCUUGGCAGCCAAGAAGAGCACCUCGUACUACGAAUGUGCCACCCAACUGGGCGGCUUCCUGGUUUUCAUUGUGGCUGAGAUCUUCAUGCUGGCAGUGAUGGCCUAUGACCGCUACGUGGCCAUUUGCAACCCUCUGAUGUACACGGUGGUGGUGUCCCGGCAGGUCUGCGUCCUGCUGGUGUCUCUCACUUACCUCUACGGCCUGUUCACCGCGGUGGUGGUCACCUCCUGUGUGUUCUCCGUGUCCUAUUGCUCCUCCAACGUCAUCAACCAUUUCUACUGUGACAAUGUCCCUCUGUUGGCAUUGUCCUGUUCUGAUACCUUCUUUCCGCAAACUGUGGUCUUCACCUCCGCAGCUACGAAUCUGUUCUUUUCGAUGAGUAUCGUGCUGGUAUCUUAUUGCAACAUCGUCCUGUCUAUCCUGAGAAUACGCUCGUCGGAAGGACGGAAGAAGGCCUUCUCCACCUGUGCCUCUCACAUGACAGCCGUCACCGUGUUCUAUGGCACGCUGCUGUUCAUGUAUCUGCAGCCUCAAACCAGCCACUCCCUCGACACCGACAAGGUGGCUUCGGUGUUCUACACACUGGUGAUCCCCAUGCUGAACCCCAUGAUCUACAGCCUGAGGAACAAGGAUGUGAAGGCUGCCUUAAAGAGGUUUGGGGCACACCCUGGCCAUUCCAUCAGGCAGAUGGAAUGA